GUUGCAUCUUCAAUUACUUUUUGAGUCGUUUGGAGGACAAAGGAAAACCGUGACUUGCUAUUGACACGUCGAUUUUCUUCACACAUUGCGUGAUAACACAAGUAAUCCAUUAGUGCCAGCUGUCAUCUGAUAAUUAUCAUUAUGCAAGCUGUCCUGCCCUCCUGUCGUGCCGCCCUUCAAGGUGUUCGAGGACCGUUUCAGUCUGUUUACAGCUCUGCCUCUGCCAGUCGUGUUUUAUCAGCCAAACUCCAACCGUUUCUCUCUCUAAAUUCUUCAUUCCAUUUAACGUCCAUCAUGCCCAUCAAAGUCGGAGACCAAAUUCCUUGCGCAGAGCUGUAUGAAGAUACACCAGCAAACAAAAUCAAUAUCGCAGAGUACGUAAAGGGCAAAAAAAUAGUUCUGUUUGCAGUUCCCGGGGCUUUUACCCCAGGUUGUUCCAAGACACAUCUACCUGGCUACGUGGCUGAUGCAGACAAACUAAAAUCCAAAGGCAUUAGCGAAAUCAUCUGCGUUUCGGUCAAUGAUCCAUUUGUGAUGGGUGCCUGGGGCAAGGAUCAGAAUGUGAAUGGAAAGGUGAAACUCUUAGCAGACCCCUCUGCAGCUUUCACAAAAGCUCUCGAAUUAGAUACUGAUAUUCCACCUUUGGGCGGUACCCGAUCCAAGCGUUACUCAAUGGUCAUUGAUGAUGGCAAAGUAACACAAUUGAACGUAGAACCAGACGGAACUGGACUUUCAUGCUCGCUCUCCAAGAGUCUAAAUGUCUAAGCGGCAGCUUCUUGCACCAUCACAUCCUAUCACAAAACACAUCUAGUUGUGCCAUCUGAGCAAACGUCAAAUUAUUCCACUAUUCACUGUAAUCGUUUUUUCGUUCUAAUGUUGAUCACGUUUUUGUUUUGUUCCUCAUUUUUCUAUUUAUUAUAAUCGUACUGCACCUAAAAAUUCGGUGUUUCAAAAAACUCAAUACAAUACAUCCAACAGUUAUCAAAA